AUGUUUCAUAGCAGCAGUCACAGAACGCAUUGGAUAUUUUCAAACUUGGAAGAAAUUGACAAAAUUAGAGAAAAAUGCAUUGGAAACUAUGCAACAAAAUGCAGUGUUUCCCAAGCCAACGAUUUGGUCACAAUAAACGAGCACAAAGUUCUGUGCAAAUACUAUGAAAAAAUAUUGUUUCAUUUAUGUAUGAAGUUCCAACCACCUUUGCCAUAUUCUGUUACAUUCACUGCCUUCCUGUAUUUCAAGAGAAUUUAUUUACAGACGAGCAUUAUGGAGCACUCGCCACAAGACAUGAUGUCCGUAUGUUUGUACAUGGCCUGCAAAGUGGAAGAAUACAACGUAUCCGUUGACAAGUUUAUAAUGAUUUAUCCAGAGGCUGACAGAAUCCGGACUGCUGAUGUCAUUUUGGGUAACGAGAUGGGACUGAUGAAGUUGUUAAAUUAUCAGCUAAUCGUGCACAGUCCUAAACGAGCCUUGGAGGGUUUCUUUAUCGACAUUAAGACACGGUUUCAACAGAAGGAAGAUUUUGACAAAUGCCGAGAGGUUUCUAACGAGUUCCUUAAUGCAGUCCUGUUCUCGGAUGUUGUAUUUCUGUACACGCCAUCCCAGAUUGCACUUGCGGCAUUGUUCGCGGCAUCGAAAGAAAUUGUCCGUACUUACAUUGUCUCCGUCCUAGCACCUGCCGAGCAGGGUCAAACAUUAUUUGGCAAAAUUGAGGAUAUUAUUAAACUUAUUAACAGCAAGAUUAUUUGCGAGGACAGCCAUGUUAAAGAGAUUCAAGCAAAGUUAAGUAAAUUACCAAUUCCAGACAAAAACAAACCCAAAAAGCGGAAAAUAGGUAACGGCGGUGACGAAGAAUCGAUUAAGCGUCAAAAAUCUUCGGACUCUGUUGAUAAUGAAACAGUAACGGAUGAUAUUAAUGAUGAGUAG